AUGAUAGACGAUAAUCAAUUGCGUUAUUAUGAAAAUGGUCACCAAGUACGUGUGUCUUCCCCUUCUUCAGCGCUAAUUCGAGAGGAUGCCAGUCCCUUUGGAAACUCAACUAAGUUAUCUGUAGGAGGAAUCCAAGGACAGGGAGGAUUUUCUAUUCUACGAAUGAGCGACCUCGCCUUCUGGACGCGCGCAUUGCGCAUUGAGGAAGUAGGAGACGUGUAUAAGAAGAAACUUUCAUCUCCUCUCACAACGCGCUGCCUCUCAGCUCCCUGUCCAUCAGACCAGUGGUGUGAAUAUGUUAGCAGCAAUUCAAGCAACUUCACCUGCAUGAAACCCGCUGGUUUUUAUUGCAGUUUUGACAAUGCUUCUUGUCAAUGGCAAAAUUUGUCCCACAAUAUUAACUUUUGGAGGAUUUACAAUGAAUAUGGUUCUUUACGUCAUGAUCAUACGGGGAACUCUUGCGCAGGCUCGCGGGAAUUCCUUGGCCUAGUUUCUAAUGAAGGUAGAGUUAACAGUGAAGUCAUCAGUCCAAUAUUUUCAAAUUCGAGUGUCCUUUGGAACAAGGUGUCAAUAUCGAUGUGGUAUUACAUGGAGGGAUGGACGAGCAAAACAUUGUAUGUCAUCCUACAGACAUCCGCUGAAGAUAAAGAAUUAUUUGCCGUGAAACAACGGCAGAAUCGGCGAUGGACAUAUUUACGAGUCAAAGUCCCUGUCAUAAGUUCUUUCUGGGUCAUAUUACGAGGUGAAAUUAAUGGCAGCGGAGGAAUUUUUGUGGAUGAUAUUUCCGUGGAAACUUUCAGCUCUCCAACUAUUAUUCCACGGGAACUCCAUUUCUCUACCACUUUAUAUGGCUCAACGUCACUAGUUUGCACCGUCCACAAAGCCUCUAACAUAACAUGGUACAGAAAUAAUAAUCCAAUCCAACAAGACAAUCACUAUACCAUAUAUAAUGAAAUGAGAGGGGACAAAAAUGUGAGUGUGUUAAAAGUCACAGGCAUUAACUGUCAGCUGACGGGAAAUUAUACUUGCGUGACAGCAAACCAAUUUGGCAGUGUCCAGCGGCAACUUACCCUUUCCAUAUUAGAUGUACCUCGACCACCUUCAAAAGUGAUGAUAGACAGAUAUUCAAAGCGGAUUAGAUGGAUGGAGGAACCCGGGUAUGAAUGUCUUCCCAAGUCAUACUUUGUGGUGGAAUACAAGAAGAACUUGUCGAAGAAUUGGACAUUUGCUGGUUACUUUGAUCACGGAGUAUUUGAUCUUGUAAAUGUCUCUAAAGGUGAAAAAUUUAACGUGAGAAUCUUCGCCAAGAACGUCAUCGGAAGUAGUCCAGCAUCUCUCAUUACUUUUUGGACAAACAUUAAGCCAAGCGAGAUCCAGCUCUUUGUCAAUGAUACGGCUGUCCAGAACUCAGAGAGGAUAGUUUUACACAGAGGGGAACCAGUGACCUUAACAUGCGUUGUUAAAGCCGAACCGGCGCCUACUAGAUUUAUCUUAAAGUUUCCCUCUCAUCACAAUGUAUUCAUAAAUUCACAGCACCGGAUCAACGGAAUAAAAUGGCAAAUUAUUCUUCGUUUAAAGAGCAUGAACUGUCUCAACACUGGUUCCUACUCUUUUGAGCCACACAACAGAUUGGGAAGCAAUGGAUCAGUAUCUGUUAAGUUGGCAAUCAGUGAACCCGAUCCACCAAAAAAAUUCAAUGUCACCUUCAUCAACAUCACGUCUGUAGUCAUAUCGUGGUGGGCUUACCUGUGUAAUGAAGCAUUACCACGUGAGUUACGCGUGCGAUAUAGACAGCAGGGUUCAUCCGUUUGGACGGUAACAAAAUACAAGUAUCCAUCUGGGAAAAUGGUCUUAAGGAGACAGUUUAAGUACAAAACAGAGUACGAGUUUAAAGUAUCCAUCGCGUAUAAUGGUCUACGGAGCAGAUACAGCAGUGUCGUUAAAAUACGCUCUCCUGCAGAUAUUACCAAUGUGACUAUGACCAGCAACUUCACAGGUCCAGCUAAUAGGACAUUGAUAAUCUACUGCUUUUCAGUCAACCUCACAGCUGUUUCUUUUUCUUGGACCAAAGACUCUGUGACCCUGCAGGCUUCUUACCGCAUGAAGUUUGACGUCAACAGCAUGUCUUCUGUAUUGACCAUAAGAUUUACCAAGAAGACUGAUUCAGGGAACUACACAUGCAAAGUCAGCAACUCGCAAAUAAUUCUUGAAGAAACGAUAGCUGUGAGUGUAUCAGAGCCUCCAAGGGUACAUAUCAGUCCCCUUGUAAAAACUUUGUUUGAAGCGGACAGCGUCUCUUUUCAUUGUCAUCUGUUACGUGGUAACAUAUCACAGCUACACGUCACUUGGUACGAAAAGGCGGGAGACAAUCCAGAGAAACUCUUGAGCGACAAAAACGACUCCCUGUCACUUAAUCUUAAAGGAACUCUGCCAAACAGAAAGGACAGUCGCGUGUCAUUUUACAGAUGCCUUGUGCGAAAUAAUGAUGGAGUAGGUUCCAGUCCCUUAGCCAAACUAGUAAUACUACGUAAAGGAUAUGAAGCUAUUUGUGCAAGUGAAGAAUCCCAUGGAGUCACGUGGUCGGUGACGUUGGCCGGGAUGAUUGACGAGCAGCAGUGUCCUUAUGCUAUUGGACAAGCAAGGAGAAGCUGCAUUAAGACCGGCCCAAAAUCUGCAGAGUGGGGAGAAGUCGACCUUUCAGACUGCACGUCGCUUCAUGUAAGAGAAAUACAUGAGGAGGUAAUAGCACUGACAGAGGGUUACACAGUUAGUAGAACUUUAAGCAAUAUGCUCGAGGAUCUUCUAAACGCCAGUAAACCUUACGCGGCCCCAAGUCUGGAAGAGAAACCGCGCUCGAUGUACGUGAAAGAUCUGGCAACUUCUGUUGAUGCACUAACAAGAAUGAUAAGGUACAAUGCUGGACAACGAGAGAAGCCUCUGAGCAAUAACCACGACAUCAGCAACUUAGUAAAGACUUCCAGCAACUUACUGAAACUUUCCAAUUUGCCAGCAUGGAAGAAUGCGCUUAAGACCACCAGUGACCUAGCGUACCAAAUGAUCUCAGCUAUUGAUGAGUAUGGCCAUCAUUCCAUUAACAAGACAAUUGAUAUCCACAUAGAAGCUGCUAACGUUGUUUUGAUUGCAGUCAAAGUUUCGGUCAACAGUUCUACCUCCGCGAAAGGCAUUCAAAUAACUCAGGGUCAAAGCUCACUUGCUCUUCCACCGACGCUUUUCAGCCAAAGCAACUCCUCAGUGACUGUGGUGAGCGUGUUUUUCUCUACUCUGGGUCAAAUUCUCACUAGCUCCGAGGCUCUAAACAUUUCCUACUCCAGUGGAUCUGAUUGGCUCAUCAAUUCACAGUUGGCGUCAGUAACAGUCAGGCCAAGCCCACCUGAUGUCAUUCAACCACCCUUUAAAUUGGCGCUUGAGACGAACAAGGUGGCUCUUGCCGGAGCCAAGAGAGCUUGUGUAUUUCUGAACUUAAGAACAAAAAAUGACACAGCUUGGUCAACAGACGGAUGCAAUGUUGUCUCCUCGCACACAAACAGAACAACUACAAGCUGUGCGUGUGAUCACAUGACCGUCUUUGGAAUACUGAUGGAAAUAAAUGAUUACAAGAAAGAAGAUAUCAGGCACCGCGCCGCUCUCUCAUGGAUAUCCAUAGUCGGUUGUCUGCUGUCUCUCGCUGGGAUCCUGAUCACAUUGUUGAUUAUGGUUUGUUUCUGGAAGAACAUGCGCUCCCCAAGAACAACAGUUCUCGUAAAUCUCUGUGUUGCCAUAGCAGUGACAGACGUAUUAGUGGUUACCAUGGAGAUUAUUGAUUUGGAAAGCAAGACCGGAUGUAAAGUCAUGGCUGCCCUUCUCCACUUCUCUUUUCUCUCCAUAUUCUGUUGGAUGUUGUCAGAGGGGGUUCUGCUGUAUUUCUCCCUUGUUAAGAUUAUUGGAACGACUGUUUACGCCAAUGUUCAAGUGUUUUACGCUCUUGGGUGGGGUCUUCCUGCUCUCGUUGUAUCACUUACCUUGAUUGUUACUCAGGGUCGAGGUUAUGCUGAUAGGCAGUCCUGUUGGUUGUCCACGCGAAAUCACAUGAUAUGGGCUUUUGCAGCUCCUGCGCUUCUCAUUGUUUGCGUGAAUAUCGUGGUCUUUACUCUAGUUAUCUGUAGCAUGCUGUCAAGCCAUCGGCUCAGAAAAGAACCUCUGACAAGAAGAUUCCAACGUGGGCUCAAGGCCUCAUUUGUCCUUUUCCCUGUUCUUGGAUUGUCGUGGUCUUUUGGUGUUUUAACCAUGGUCACCGAUGAGAUCGUAUUCAACUACAUCUUUGCUGUCUUAAACUCGCUGCAAGGAUUUCUCAUUUUUAUCUUCCACUGUGUUUUAAACAAGCAGCUUCGAGAAGUGUUGACGGAGAGAAGAAGAAAACGAACAGGUCGUGUAACAGACGCCAGGAUAGCACAGUCGAACAGGAAACUCAGUACAACAACAGGAGCCCCCAACAGUCGCCUCAGUUCAGCCACUCCUCUCAAACUUCUAAAUCUUUACCAGCACAGCCCAGAAAUUUCACCCUCACCCCGGCCCUCUCCGACCUCGUGUGCCGCGCGUGCCUUCGAGGAAACGUCACUGGUGUCAGCAAGCCUUGAUACGACUCGAGUGAAUCAAAACAACUUGCUACAGACUGGGAAAGAGACUUCUGAGCAAGUAACUUAUCUAACAACGACGGAUGAAUCUUUCAAACCUUGUGAUGUGGAUGAGAGGGACUGGACAAGCCUGGAGUCAUCUUCUGAAUCUAUAAUCGAUUUCAAUGCCGACGGAGAGUUCAAGGGAAACAAGUAAUCCGUAGAGCAUCCCAAGAAACUUUUUCUCCGUAGCAGUUGGUAAAUCGGAUCUGUAGGACUUCAGACUUUACGUGUCAUUUUCCAACAACGUGGAGUCUGUUUCCCGCAUGUUACUUACAGAAUGUAGGUAACAUACUAUUCUUCCCCUCUGUUAUCUUUUUGUUAGAAUUAAUUUUGUAUGCGGAAGGAAAGGUGAAAAUAUUGCGCUGAAGCCAUUUUAAGAUAGUUGAUGAAAAAGAUUGCUUAUUUGACUUCCUACAGUUCAAUUCGUUCCCCUCGUUUCAGUGAGAUAUAUUUAUAAAUCUAGACAUUUCGUCAGCUCGUAUGGCACUUCCGGAAGUGUCUUCUGCUAUCUAUAGCAUUUGACACAACUUGAUAUUUCACGUGAUAUU